CGACAUUCUUCCCUCUCUGAAUCAACUCCCUCGCGGGAUUCUAGAUCAACCCUUCCCUGCAUCAACCGUCCAAGGGCUGGAAGUCGAGAACGGUCCUGAGUAAUGUCCGACUGGAUCGUGUAUCCGUCUUCCGCUGCACAACAGCCGGACUUCAAGGAUGGCUCCAGCACGAGGACAAAGCGGCCGCACUCCAAGUCACGCGCAGGGUGCAAAGUAUGUAAGACCCGCCGAAUCAAGUGUGACGAGACAAAACCAAGUUGUAGGCAAUGUUCCGAUUACGGGCGGCAGUGUAGCUACUUGCUCAUGAAACCUGAGGGGCUUGGGGGUCUAGAGCGAGACAGAAGAAGUAACGAACCCCAUGCGGUUAGAGAUGAACUAUUGGAACAGGUCUGGGAGAACCUCCAACGCUGUUCUAAAUCCAGGGCUCUUGCCGAUGCUGCGGUGCAGAAGGCAGAGGUGCGAACUUUGGUGGACCACUUCACUACUUGUAAAAACGAGUGGCUCGCUACUCCGAUAUUCCAACAGCUCGUCCAGCGACAUGGUCUUCAACUCGGGACGCAGGCGGAAUAUCUGCUUCAUGCCAUCUUGGCAGUGAGUGCCUCCCACUUAACACACCUGGAUUCGACCGCGAGGUUGAAAGUUCUGUCAGCAUUCUACUCUUCGCUCUCGCUACAGCUGUUCCAGGAGAAACUGAACGACGUUCAGCCGCAAGAUGUUGACGCGGUCUUCGCCUGUGGCAUGAUACACAUUAUUCUGGUCAUCUGGUCUACAAUGUUGGACGCGACCACGUCCGGCGACGCUCUCGACUCGUUCGAUGUCUUGCUCGCCGGUCUCAAGUCCUUCAGAAGUUUUCCGUCUUUCCACCGUAAGUUCCAUCGCCAGACCCCGGACGUCCCCGUCCUCUUCCACGAGUUUUUCAUCAGAUGCAACAUCCCCGGCUCCGCCGAAGACAUCCGUCAAGAGCAUCUGGCAAUGACGGAACAGAUGGCCGAGCGGGAACGUCACAUGCGCGAUCUCGUCGGCGACCAGGUGUUCGACGAGAUAUAUCGAGCGCCGUUCCAGUAUAUUGUGCUCACCAGCAAUCAUGAGCCUAGCUCGGCCGUGGUCGAUCUUUACCUCUCGUUUGCAACUCAGCUCAAAGGCCUUUACCUUCAGGCGUUGGAAGCGAAAGAACCUGUAGCGCUGUUGCUCGCAUGUUACUGGUUUGCACUCCUUGCUAAGAUCCAGCAAUGGUGGGUUACGAAACCGGCAAUCGCACUUUGCCAAAGAUUCUACGUACAUCUAUGGGCUGCCUUACCUGCGAGCGAGCAAAUUCGUGCACUGUUACUUGCACCUGCAGCUCAAGCAGCUGGGCUGUGAUCGAAUGAAACAAAAGCGAUGCAUUAGAAAACCAAUAAGCUGUGUAGACUAUGUAUCGUGCAGUACAUGACGUAAACUAUCAAUAAUACUCGGUGACAUCG